CAGCAAACAAUGUUCAUUUUGCUGCAACACAAAAACUCGUUUUACGUAGCCUUUGCGUCUUGCGCCGUGACAGUGAACGGGGCUUAAGGGGCCGUUCACACCGAACACGUUUUGCCUCCGUCUGCGCUGUUUUUAAAUCGUGUUUCUAUGUAAACAUGUGCUAGACGGACGUCUUUUUUUCAGCGUCUCGCGCAGGAAGACGCCGUGUCAGGUUAAAUUACGUCAGCUUUUUAAAAGCGUCUCGAGACACUUGCGUUCUGUUCCAUGCAUGACGUUCCGUCUAGCGUGUUUUAGGACAAGAACGCGGUAGGGUCUGAACGGCCGCUUUUAGGACUUUUAAAAACGCGCCCUGACAUCUCCGUCUGUUUUUGACCGCAAAACGCCUCCUUUGUGAACACCCCCUCAAUAGAUGCGCGUCAUCGCGUCCUGCCCAUAGCACCGCGAUCAGCUGAGAGCGCGCAGCGGAGCAGUGAAUCUCUUUCGGGUGUUUUUUAAUAUCUGAAUCACUGUACUGAGAUCAGCUGAACUUUUCCAGACACAUCUGGAACAUCUGAGCUCAGUGACUGAACUGCUGUCACAUUGUUGGAAACGGACAAAAGCACUUCUGAAUUCAUCUGAAAUAUAAUAUCCCCAUCCGGAGUUGUUUCUGUUUCUACUGCAGAAAGCAAGAAGGAUAAAGUUCGUAUGAAGGAUAUGGGCAGAUAUGGAAAUGUUGCGUUUUGCGCGUUGGUUUUCUUCUACUGUUCAUUCAUUACAGGUGAUCAUCUCUGCGUCUCUGCAGUUCACGUGACCACGUCACCUUCAAUUCACAGCUCCGUGAAGAGAAGAGAUGGAGUGUCUGAUGUCGACAUGACCUCAUCACUACAGCCAGAGUCACCCAACAGUGAUCAGACACAGUCCUCUACUAACCACACAAACACCAACAUCACAGAUCCCACUCCUUAUACACACAUUUCAGCAGUCACGUCCGUUUCAUCAUCAUGGACGGUCACUCCCUCACUCACCACAACGGAGAACAUCAGUUUCUCUGGGAACAUCACAGACAGCCGAAAUGAGUCUGACCUUUUAUCUACGAAACAUCAGACAACAGUUAUCACAGUAACACCUACUACACUCCUGCCAUCAACAACCCAUGAUCCCAAAACCAAAAUCUACAACACCACCUUCCUUCCGACAUCCACCAGGCCACCAAACGUGACCAGCCCAGAAUCAAUAACUACACGAAUGAGACAAAAAUCUUCACCGACAACAUUAUCACAUGCUGCUACCACCCCUGCAGUCACCACAGCGACGCCAGCGAGCAGCAGUCCCGUCCAGGCAAACGCUCACGCGGACACCCCCUCUGCACUGAAUGUUGGAGACGACGACAAUAACUCCAAAGUGUCCUCUGACCCACUCCUGGCUGGACUGGUGUCUGCGUUUGUUGUCGUCGCUGCCAUUGUGUCAGUCCUCAUAUUCCUGAAAUUCAGAAGUAGAAAUGAUGGUGCCGAAUUUCACAGACUUCAAGAUCUCCCAAUGGAUGAUAUGUUGGAAGAUGCUCCGCUCUCCAUGUACGGCUAAUGAAAAACAUGGAUGCAUCUCACGAUUUUGUCACAGAUUUCUUCAAAGCGUCCAACGUUCUCUGUGUAACACAAGACAAGAAACUAUUUUAUGGGUCAUGUGCUUCGUAGAGGCACAAAUGCUCAUAUUGUUUCUGUUACAAGACAAAAUUUAGCAAAACACUCCACUUCAGUUGUUAAAUGCACCGUGGCCUUCAGUGCCUGGUUAUCGGGUUCAUAUUCUUGCACUUUAUGUGGCAUUUGAGAAUGGGUCACGUGCCAUGGAAUUAUUUGAUGACUGUCAUGUUGCUGUUUUCUGUCUUUUUGGCAGUGUGUGUGUAAAUUAAUUUCUCUAUGACUGUUGUCUCCAGAUCUACUUUUGUUGUAUAUGUUUUCAUCUAGUAUUUUCUGCUCUGGAAAAACUCAUUUUUUAAUUCUGAUUAACAUGCUGCCUUGUUCUUGUUUUCUUAAUCGAGGUUUUGAUGGUUAAUAUUGAUGUCAUGGUCAAACUCACCCCAUUGGUUUAGCCAGAAGUUGACAUGCCAGACUGUUCAAACAUGCACGUUUUGAAAGCUCUACAAUGUGGUGAUCUACGAAUAGCACACUUAUAGUUGCCUUUGUUCAUUAAAGUCAGCAUUAAAUAAAAAUUGACCCGACUUUCUUAAUAGGAAUUCUUGGGCUUACUGAACAUGAUUCAUAAGUGCACAUUAUUCCAAAGGAAAACACACAGCAGCUUUUUUUGGAAAAGCAUUUCCAAAGUUAUGUAUUGGAUAAAAAUAUGAAUUUGUGUUUACUUUGACAUCAGAUAUAGUAUUUUUUUAUUUUUUUCAUCAACCAGGCUGCCAACACACAGAAUCAUUAUUAUAAUAUAAUAUAAUUAUUUAAAUGCUUUUCCUGUACCUGACAUGCUUUAAUGUAGUCAGGAAAUGCUUUACAAAAAUACUGAGAAAUAAUGACCCAAAUGUAGCUACAGACUCUACACUCAACAUUUUUAUGAACUGAUAAAAUACAGUCCAAUUUCCAAUACUUUUCAUUUGUUUGCUGAAAGUGUGAUAUUGUUUACUUGUGUGAUAACAUGUGAGAGUGGAUUUGUGUAAAGCUGUUUUGUAAAACUGUUUGUUCCUGUGUCACAUUUUGGAUCUUUUUGAUUAAUAAAACAUCUAUACAA